UGAGGGGCCAGGCUGAGCCUCUCAAAGCGCCGGGGAGCGGGCGAGAACCCGUAGGGAGGAGUCGCGGCUCUCCAGUCGGCACGGACCUGUGUUCCCCAGCGUCGGUUCCGGGGCUAGCGGACUCCGGGAGCCGGUCCCCACCCUGGGCGGACUUCGGAAUUGACCCUGGACUGCCGGGCGCCGCACCGGGCGCCCCACCGGGCGGUUUUCCGCGGGGCCGGAGCCCCAGCAGCUCUGCCAGCGGGAAUGCACGCGCUGCCCAGCCUGGACGCGCCCCGGAUGGAGCGGCUUCUGCCGCGGCGAUCGGACGCGGCGGUGCCGGCGCGCAGGAGCGCGGUGGAGAGGCUGGCCGCUGACCGCGCCAAGUACGUCCGAGGCCUGCCGGGGGCAGCCGGGGAUCCUGCCCCCGAGGGCAGCAGCCCUGGGGCGGGUGAAGGGCCGGUGGUCGACCCUCGGCCCCCGGCUUGCGCCCCGGGUGCCGUGGCACGCAGGACAAUAGCGCGGAAGCCGCUGAGGCCGGAUUCGCUGGUCAUGUACCGGCAGAAGUGCGAGUUCGUGCGUGGGCCGAGCGCCGACAGUUUCGGGGGCGGCCUGGUGAGAAAGUUCCUGCCGGGGUCAGGCAAGGAGAAGACGUCGGCGUCCCCCGAGAAGUCCCCGGCGGGGGGAGAGGCCACGGCCAGGGGAGAGGAGGCGGCUCCAACCAAGCCCAACCCCGCAGUGGCCCCUGGUCCCCCCGAGCGCCCCUGCGUCGCAGCAACAACCACGGCGCGCCCAUGCGUCCCGGCAGCGGCCCCGGCGCCCCCAGCGCGUCCCAGCGUCCCGGCAGCGACCCCGGCGCCCCCAGUGCGUCCCAGCGUCCCGGCAGCGACCCCGGCGCCCCCAGCAGCGACCCCGGCGCCCCCAGCGCGUCCCAGCGUCCCGGCAGCGGCCCCGGCGCCCCCAGCAGCGACCCCGGCGCCCCCAGCGCGUCCCAGCGUCCCGGCAGCGACCCCGGCGCCCCCAGCAGCGGCCCCGGCGCCCCCAGAGCGUCCCAGCGUCCAGGCAGCGACCCCCGCGCCUCCAGUGCGCCACAGGGGUCCGGCCCGGCCGGGCAGCCCAGAGCCGCGAGUGACCAGGCGCAGGGGGCUGCAGCGCUCGCAGUCGGACCUCAGCUCCCGCUACUCCAUGUCCGCGGCGGAAUUCGACAACUUCUUCCAGUUCUGCGGCCUGGAGCCCGAGGUGGUGGAGGCGCUCGGGAGGGAGAACUUCUCCGCGGGCUCGGACCGCCUCGGCCUAAAGGUUCGCAGCGUGAGCAUGGCCACCUCCGACAGCGGCUUCUCCCGGCACAGCGGCAGCGACGAGGGGCUGCAGGAGGAGGAGCUGAUGGAGAAGCUGCCCAGCUCCACCUCGGUCGUGGAGAGGAACGCCCGCAUCAUCAAGUGGCUGUACACCUGUAAGAAGGCCAAGGAGACCCUGGGCCCGCGGCUGCAGGGCCUGGCGUGACCGCUGCGCCCGGAGGUCGGGACCCAAGGGAUGCAGCCUUUCCAACAGCAGGGACCCCUGAAGCAUGUCCCAGAUGACUGGAGACCCCAGGGCCACACUCCCUGCCGCAGGCUUUGUCCAGCACACCCUGGUGGCCACAAGGGACCCACUGCAGGAGCUGGAGUAACCUCAGAAAGCCUGGAGCUGAGAAACCGGGAAUUAACUGGGUGAUUGCAGCCACUGCCUGGCCAAAGCUCCAGGAGGUGUUUGCUUCCUCGUUGGGGUGGCCCCGCCCCGGCCUCCGGCAGGCAGUGGACAGGGCAGUGGGGGGUGGGAGAGGGAUAUGUUCAGGGGCAUCGUUUUGACUGGUUUACGAAGAGACACCACGAUGCAUUUUAACCGUACCGAGAUUUAUUUUUAAAAGGAA